AUAUGUCGAGCGUUGGCGCGAGCCCGCUCAUCAGUCGCAAUCGAAACGCGUAGCAAGUCGGAUCGUCGUCGUGCUCAGAAGAAAAAUGGUCGUGCCAAUACGGGAGUCCCAGGACGUGUUUGGGAACAAGAAGCGCAUCCGGAUCGAGAACAACCGGGACAACCUGCAGAUUAUCGGCAACCAGAACCGGAUCCUGGUCAAGGCGAACGAGGGAACGCUGAACGUGAUCGGGAACGCGAACAACGUCAAGAUCAUGCGGAACUGCGGCACGUUGAACUACGUGGGGAACCAGGGCUCGAUCUACCUGAGCGAUCAGAGCAAGUCCGUCAAAGUCAACUACACGGGAAACAACGCCAAGAUUCGGGUCUGCGACCACGAGCAGCUGUCCGAUCGGUUCCGGUGAAGCUCGCCACACCAGUGUGAUGUGAUGUGAUCUAGUUCUGCGAAGCGAAGAGAAAGAGAG